GGUUCACUGGUAGGCGGUGAAUUGUCUGUGUAUUCGAAUAGCUUAUCGUGCUGUUUAAUUUUUUUUUGUUUGGUAAGUAAUUGCGUGCUUCAAACCCCGAAACCAGUAGGCUAGUCUAAUUGUAGUUUACUAGUGCUCUGAAUUAAGCCGAAAAGGCAAGUGCUUCGCUCUGAUUUGAAACAUUAGUGCUGAUAAGAGAUCACGCAUUAUGUGCCUGGAACCCCCUCGACAUGGUUCUCAGAAUAAUUGUCCUACCUGGGCUGUUCCUGGGGAACUUCAAAGAUGCGCGAGACCGAGAGCAGCUCUCGAGACACAAUAUCACUCACAUCCUGUCCAUCCACGACAGCGCUUCCCCCCUGUUACAGGAGAUGACAUAUCUUUGUAUUCCAGCCGCUGAUCUGCCCACACAAAACCUGACCCAGUAUUUCAAAGAGAGCAUCUCGUUCAUGCACGAGUCUCGCCUGAAAGGGGAGGGCUGUCUGGUCCACUGUCUGGCAGGCGUGUCCCGCAGUGUCACCCUGGUGGUGGCGUACCUGAUGACCGUGACGGGGCUGGGAUGGCAGGAUGCCCUAACGGCUGUCCGGGUGGCCCGGCCCUGCGCCGGCCCCAACAUGGGCUUUCUGAGGCAGCUGGAGGACUUUGAGACCACGCAGGCCAUCCAUUUUCGGACUUGGCUGAAGGAGACAUACAAAGAGACCCCCUUUAAUGAUGACGUGGAGAUCCAGCUUCUAUUGGCACAGAAGCCAAAGGCCAGCAGUACAGAAUUGGCCUCUCUUGACAUGAAGUACACCUGACACUGCCCCCUACAGCCCCGGAUGUGCAGAAUGGUGCCACACACAGCCUGCUACAGGGUUUGGAGAGCCAGUUACUCUACCGUAGCUCUCCUGUGUUUGUACAAGCGUUUGUGCAGGACCCUCAGGGUUUGGUCCUUUAUGCUGGAGAUGAGGGUUAAAAUAGAAGAAGCACAUGCUUGUUUGUGUGUAUAUUCAGCUGCGUUUGUGUGGGAAAGCUCUGCUUGAAGCUACUGCCUGAAUAGUGUGAAAAUGUGCAAUAUUUUCUAAAAUAAUAAUAAUUUAAAAAGAAUCUGAGGGAUAUUUUGGAUGUGCUUUUGUCAUUUCUAUAUCUCUUUUUGUAAUAAAAAUGUUUUAAAUCACUUGUUUCUGUAUUAAGUAUAAAAUAAAAUGGACUG